AUUACGUUACAAGGCAACAUGAAUUGUUUUAAAUCUCUUAGAGUGUUUCUUUUGAUCACAAUUCUGUCUGAACAUGCCCUGGGGGCGCCAACAGCCACCGCAGAAAACGCAACCAUGACCACAGCUAAUAUGACAACAGGAGAAAUGUCCACAGCUGGCGGAGUAACAGCAACCAAAGAUAUGACGACACCAACCAACGGAAUGACGACAGCCACCAAAGAUAUGACGACACCAACCAACGGAAUGACGACAGCAACCAAAGAUAUGACGACAGUUACCGAAAGUAUGACGACAGCAAAUGGAAGCAUGACGACAGCGAAUGGAAGCAUGACGACAUCAAGUGACAAUGGCACCACAUCAAGUCACAACGGCACUUCAGAAAUGACUACUAUGACAAUGCUGCCUGACAUCAAUGGGACAACUGUUACCAUGCCCACUGGCAAUGGAACCACCAUGUCAAGUCACAUAACGUCACCAGCACACCUCACCUCAAAAGCACCAACACAACGACCAAAUCCAACCCAAUCUCCCUCGAAAGGUGGAUUUAGCGGCUCAUCAUUUGGUGGUGGUAUCGCUCUCGGAGCUGGCGUCAUUCUUCUAAGCGGUCUUGUAUAUUACUUAUAUGCUAGAAGAGCAAAUGGAAGAAGACCUUAUUCAGCAGUACAAUGA